ACUUUGAAAAGUAGUGCAUUUAAUAGGAAAGAAAAAAAGCAGAGAUAUUAAAAUCAAAUCAUGUCGUCUACGGCCUCGUCGGAAUCAAAUCAUAAAAUGGCUUCAGGGUCCAAUGAGGAGAGUUCACAUCUGCUGGAAAGCUCGGUUAGAGCUGAAAUUUAUGGCUCCCAACCAGCGGAGCAGCAGAAUUUAUUAAACAAAAUGGUACACACAACUGGAAUAGAAUCGAAAACUUUUCCUCAGUAUGUCGCUGCGUUAUCGGCGGCCGGUGGUGCUUUUGCAGCUGGUACGCUUUUGGGUUGGACUUCACCAGCUCAAAAUCGUUUAACUGGCGGUGAAUAUGGCUUUCCAGUGAGCGAUGCCGCUUUCUCUUGGAUCGGUUCAGCGAUGACAUUGGGCGCCGCCUUUAUAUGUAUACCGAUCGGUUUUCUUAUCAAUAUGAUCGGACGCAAGCUAACUAUGCUAUUGUUGGUAUUACCUUUCACAUUGGGCUGGGCUUUGUUGAUUUGGGCCCAAAAUGUCGAAAUGAUGUAUGCAGCUCGGUUCAUUUUGGGCAUUUCGGGCGGUGCAUUUUGCGUUACGGCUCCCAUGUACACUGGCGAAAUUGCUCAGAAGGAUAUCCGCGGUACACUGGGCAGCUUUUUUCAACUGAUGGUUACAGCCGGUAUAUUAUUUAUUUAUGCCAUUGGUGCCGGUCUAGAUGUAUUCGCCAUGAGUUUAGUAUGCGGUGUAAUACCAUUAAUAUUCGGAGCCAUAUUCGUUUUUAUGCCGGAAUCGCCCACGUAUUUGGUCAGCAAAAGUAAAAACGAAAGUGCCAUAAAAUCGAUUCAAUGGUUACGCGGGAAGGAUUUUAACUACAAUCCGGAAUUAGAAGAGCUGAAAGCCACUGAAGAACAAAUCAAACAGAAUUCCGUGUCAGUGGGCACGGCCUUACUGCGGCCCGUGACACUUAAAGCUCUGGCCAUUAGUUUGGGGCUUAUGUUUUUUCAACAAUUGUGUGGCAUUAACGCGGUCAUCUUUUAUUCUACCGACAUUUUUAAGGACGCAGAAACUGGUAUCGAUGAGGAUCUCUCGACGAUAGUAGUAGGAGUCAUGCAAGUAAUUGCUACAUUUGUCUCAGUUAUGGUAGUGGAUAAACUCGGUCGCCGUUUAUUGUUGUUGGCAUCCGCCAUUGUUAUGGCUCUCUCCACCGUAGCGAUGGGUGUUUACUUUUACAUGAAAGACAACGAUAACGAUUCCGUUGCCAAUUUGGGUUGGCUACCAGUUAGCGCCUUAUGUGUUUUCAUCAUAAUGUUCUCAAUAGGUUUUGGACCUGUGCCUUGGUUAAUGAUGGGCGAAUUAUUUGCUUCGGAUAUUAAAGGUGUGGCUGGCUCUAUCGCUGGCACAUCAAAUUGGGUUUUGGCUUUCAUUGUAACUAAAACAUUCGUAAAUAUGAAAGAGGCUCUCGGAAGCGGUCAAACGUUUUGGUUAUUCGCUGGCAUUACCGUACUGGGAGCGGUAUUCGUUUUCCUCUUCGUGCCAGAAACAAAAGGGAAAAGUUUAAAUGAAAUCCAAACACUACUAGAGGGCAAUAGCAACUCAAACCCAAUUGUCGUCAAUAACAGCAACAACAGUUCCAAUGAUAAUGGUAACAUUAACUAAACCUUAUGGAGAAUAUGAAGCAUUUAAAAACAGCAUUCAAGAGUUAUACAAAAAUUUUUAUUUAAACACCAACAAAAGUUGAAUAUGCCACCACGCGUUUGUCCCAUUGAUUAAUUUCGAUCGUAUAUACGAAAAAUAUCUUUUAUACUGCCACGUUUGGCAUUCAAGUUUUAAAAGGGUUAAGCAAAAUGUUUUGAUUUCUAUAUAUAAAUUUAAAAAUUUUAACGAUUUAAUUUAUGAUCAAAUAUUAAUCAAUCAAUUUUUGUUAAUCGCGUAAGAAGACUUUCUUUUGAUUUAAUUACUAUUCAUACGUUUAAUUCAUCGCCCCCCC